AUGGGAAGCUGUCCUACCCAGCAAAAUAUUAGCAGGUUUGGAUUCUUGGUUGGUCAAUGUAGUAGAAUGUGCCAUUAUGCUGUGAGUUCGGAUGAAGCAUUUCAUACUGCCAAAGGGUUGAUUGAAGACUUGACCUUGCGAGUGAAGACAAUAAGUGAAGAAACAACCAACAAAACAAAUAAUGCUACUACGGAUGCUGGAGUGAACUCCUCUCAGUUUAUUAAGGACCCCCAUCCAGUUCGAAGUAAAGGGAAUGUGAAGCAACCUCAAGUGAAAACACGGUUGUGCAAGUAUUGUAGGCGUCCUAAACAUACAAUCAGAAAUUGUCCGCUGAAAAGAAUGGCUGAAGCAGGUGCAGGUGAUAGUCAUUUCACGCAACAAGAAUACAACUUCGAGUCCAUAGGAGCAGGUGAAAGCAGCUUUCAUGUGGAGACUCAAGAAUCUGUUCUACUUCCCAAACGAUCCAAGCACAACCUGUAA